UUUAUGUAUUUAUGAACAAACUCUAUUAUUAUUUAUGAAUAAAUAUUGAUAUAAAACUAAAGAAUGCCACUUACCGCACGACAAAGAAGUAUUCACAAUAAAAAUGGAGCUAGAAGAUCGUCGAGUUUCAGCAAAGGCAACCGAGGUCGAAAAUCCAGCAAAGGAGAGUUUCUAUUCCCGAGUGCUCCAUCAGACUUGAGGAGUAUAGCUUACCCUGGUGGAGCUGUGGCACUGACUCUAAUACUAGCAGCUCGGCUUACUGCAGCUUACUGGGGUCAAAUCUCCGACUGUGAUGAAACAUACAACUACUGGGAACCCUUGCAUUAUCUAGUGUAUGGUAAUGGCCUACAAACAUGGGAGUACAGCCCUAAAUAUGCACUUCGAUCAUAUUUACCUCUGUGGCUGUUUGCUGUGCCGGCCAAAAUGCUGUCACUUAUUAUGUCUCCUGUAUCAGUUUUCUAUACGCUCAGAUCUAUUCUUGCUGUGCUGACAUCAUGUGCAGAACUUAUGUUUUAUAAAGCGGUAUGUCACGAGUUUGGAGUCCACGUCGGUCGGGUGUGGCUGGCGCUCGUACUGCCUGCUGCCGGCUGCUUUGCGUCUACCGCGGCGAUGCUGCCGUCGGCGUGGAGCAGCGCGUUGGUGACUGCGGCUCUGGCCUGCUGGUGGCGUCGCCGAUACCCCAGCGCUAUACUGUUGGUGGCCGCCACGUCUAUACUGAGUUGGCCAUUCACAGCACUAUUGGGUGUACCCAUAGCAUUAGACAUGUUGGUGCUGAAACGCCAGAUCUUCGAAUUCAUCAAGUGGUCGGCCAUAGCUCUAGUCAUAUUCCUGGUGCCAACUGUGAUAGUGGACUCAUGGCAUUACGGUAGACUGGUCGUGACUCCGUGGAACAUUAUAUCGUACAACAUAUUCACUGAACAUGGACCGGACUUGUAUGGGGUUGAGCCGUGGACAUAUUACUUUGUGAAUGGAUUUUUGAACUUCAAUAUUGUUUGGGUGCUGUCUCUAUCCUGCCCGCUGCUGCUGGCGGCGUGCGGCGCGGUCGCCCGCUCGACUGUUCGCGCGUCCUUCUGCGCUCCAUAUUGGCUGAGCUUGAUGCCGCUAGCUCUGUGGCUGCUGGUGUUUAUGGUUCAACCUCAUAAGGAAGAGAGAUUCCUAUACCCAGUAUACAGCGCGAUAGUGUUAGCGGGCGCGGUGUCGUUAGAUUGCGUACAGAAACUGACGUUCGCGCUCGGCACCGAACUGCUCGGCUGGCGGAGGGAGCGAGAGAGGAGACACUAUCUCGCUUACACCGGCCCGCUGGUCGUUGUGUGCGUGCUGUUGGCUGGAGUUGGCGGUUUGUCGCGCAUAGCGGCGUUGUAUCAGAACUACCACGGGCCCAUGACGAUGCUCCGCCCACUGAGCGAUGACGUGACCAAUGACCACGUGAUCAACGACCACGCUGGUGACCACGUGAUCGUGUGCUACGGCAAGGAAUGGUAUCGCUCCCCGUCUCACUUCCACCUACAGCAUGGCCGCAUACGUUUCGUGAGAAGCGAGUUUGAUGGACAGCUACCCGCGCCGUACGAUGAGCAACAUAAUGCUACCCGCAUGAUACACCCGCAUUUCAAUGACAUGAACAAAGGCGACAACCGGACGCUACUCAAGCCAUCCGAGUGUCACUACCUCGUUGACUCGGACUUAGGAAGUCCUACCAAACUUGAACCGUCCUACCACAAAGAUCCUACCUGGGAAGUGAUAAAUACUGUACCUAUACUAGACGCGGCGAAGUCACAUAAGAUUUUCCGAGCGUUCUACGUCCCGUUGCUGUCUAGUAAACAUUUAGUCUAUGGUAACAUGUAUUUGUUGAAGAAUAAGGCGCUCGCGUAGUCUUGAUAGAAGCACAGUUACUAGAGUUUGGUCACUGAACACGUAGAAUUAUUAUUAUUAUCGUAAUUAGCUAUUGAGCUACCGCUACUUGUGUCUCACUCAAUAUAGUUAUCUCGUUUCCACAAGUCUAUAUAUAUAUAAAACUCAAAGGUGAC